UCUCUAAUGCAAUUCCAGAUGCUGUAAGGAUCUGGGCAAGGCUCAAAUGACAAGGGUCAUUUGAAAGGUUAGGUACUAUAGUCACCUGCACAUGACCGCACUGAUGCCUAAGUCAUUUAUUAUCACUUAAUACAUGUUAUUUUGCAUUAUAAGUAUCUCUCAAUAUUUUCUGGCUUCCCAAAUUAUCUGUAAGCUUCACUGCUUUCUCUUCUCUUAACCAAUGUAAUACUGCUCCUCCAAGGCCUCAAUCAUUUGUCUCUGAUGCCAACUAUACAGAAUAUAUUCCAAAGAGGAUGGAAUAUGAUCAGCCAGUCUUGGGUCAAGUUUCUUUUCUUAGUUCUGCCAUCUCUGCCUAGAGGAAAAGAUCACAUAAUAUAAACCUUGCUAUCAGCAAAAUGCUCCAGGGAAGAAAAACCAUGAGCAGGAGCAAAUACAAAAAAAAAAAAAAGUAUUUUUAAAGCAGUUGAAAUUUUGCAAUUAUUUUAUCAGUUUAUAUCAGCCAUUCAUAUUUACAUGGUAUAUAGAUCUUCAUCUCUGGUUAGCUUUUGGUUGAAUAAAAUUAUCUGUAAUUGGAUUGCCUGUUUAAAUGUAAGUUUUUUGGUUAUUCCAGAAUUUCAUCUUGGAAUUCUGUACUUUUUAAUUCAUCAUGUCAAACUUGCAAAAUACCACAUCCUCUUCCGUCAUUUUCCUGCUGACUGGUGUUCCCUGGCUGGAAGCCUUCCACACCUGGAUCUCCAUUCCCUUCUGCUUUCUCUAUGCAACUGCUCUCUCAGGAAACAGCAUGGUUCUCUUUGCCAUCGUCACUCAGCCCAGCCUCCAUGAGCCCAUGUAUUAUUUCCUCUCCAUGCUGUCCACCACUGACCUUGGCUUGUCUGUAUCCACUCUGUUCACCAUGCUGGGUAUAUUCUGGUUCAAUGCCAGGGAGAUCAGCUUUAAUGCCUGCUUGUCACAAAUGUUCUUUAUUAAAUUCUUCACUGUCAUGGAGUCAUCAGUGUUGUUGGCCAUGGCUUUUGAUCGUUUUGUGGCCAUCUCUGACCCCCUCAGGUAUGCCAUCAUUUUGACGGACUCCAGAAUAACUCAAAUUGGAGUGGCCAUUGUCAUCAGGGGGACGAUAACGCUCACGCCGAUGGUAGCACUUCUUACGAGACUGUCCUAUUGCCACAGCCGCAUGCUCCACCACUCCUACUGUUUCCACCCUGAUGUGAUGAAGCUCUCGUGCACAGACACCAGGCUCAACAAUGCAGUGGGGCUGACUGCCAUGAUCUCGACUGUUGGUGUGGACUCAAUCCUCAUUCCCUUUUCUUAUGUUUUGAUCAUUAAGACUAUCCUCAGCAUUGCAUCCCCAGAAGAGAGGAAAAAAGCCUUCAGCACAUGUAUCUCUCAUAUUGGGGCUGUUGCCAUUUUCUAUAUCCCAUUGAUCAGUCUGUCCUUUGUUCACAGAUUUGGGAAACGGGCCCCAGCCUUUGUACAUACUGUGAUAGCUAACACCUACCUGCUACUCCCCCCUGUCAUGAACCCCAUCAUCUACAGUGUUAAGACAAAACAGAUACGCAGAGCUGUGAUAAAAAUUCUCCAUUCCAAAGACACAAAGAAUCAUAGAAACAGUCUGUGUCAGGUUGUUUUAUCAAUUGAAAAGUGAAUCUGGUGAUCGUUGAUGCCAAAUAUGCAAAUAUUUAAAAUCAAAGAUGAAAUAUAUUUAGAAAAUCAGCUUGACUGAUCCAUUUAUUUUACAAAUGAGGAGAUGAGACAUUAGAAUAGGAGGAACAAACAGCUUUAAUGUCUAGAAUUUCUCCUCCAAUGACUGCUUAUUCUAAGCUGUUGUUUAUCCUGCCAGUAGUCUGUCUCUUUUUACUUCAUCCACUUCUCAGCAGGUAAGAUGACACAGUAUGAAAAAGUCACUCCUUUUUGAGAAAUAGGUAGUAUUUCCUAACCGUACUAAUAAUCUUAACUAAUAUUUAUUAUUUCCUUUGACCAGUCAUUGUUCUGUUUUUUACACAUAUUAACACAUUUUUAUAUUCGAAACAAAAUGAUAAGAUAGUCACUCAGUAUUAAUGAGAAAAACUGAAGCACAAAAAUGUUAAGUAACAUGCUUAAACAGCUAGUAAGUAAUGAAGCCAUAUUUCCUUUCCACCUGCAAACUGACUUCCUUCAGGGUCCUCCUACUCUUAA